UAUUAAAAAUUUUUUUGUUUGUUUUUUAUUAUCGUGGAAAAGAAAAAAAAGUUGUGUGUUUUCCGAUCAAAAAUGCCUGGUUUAAUACGAGUUAUUGAGUUUGUGGAGGAAACUCGUGAAGAUUAUAAUUCACCGACUACGUCCACAUUUGUAUCACGAAUGCCACAAUGUCGAAAUACGAUUGCAUCUUUGGAAGAAAGUUUAGAUUUCGAUCGUGAUGGUUUGAUGAAAAUGAAGAAGGCCAUUAAGGCCAUACAUAAUUCAGGAAAUUCUCAUGUAGAUAAUGAAAUGUAUUUAGCACGAGCAUUAGAAAAAUUAGGUAACAAUGCCAUGAAUCGCGAUCAAGAACCAGAUAUUGGUGCAGCUUUUUUAAAAUUUGCUGUUGUCACCAAAGAAUUAUCAGCUUUGAUGAAAACAUUGAUGCAAAAUAUAAAUAAUAUAGUAAUGUUUCCAUUGGAUAGUUUAUUAAAAGGUGAUUUAAGAGGAGUGAAAGGAGAUUUAAAGCGACCAUUUGAUAAGGCAUGGAAAGAUUAUGAAUCAAAGUAUGUAAAAAUUGAAAAAGAGAAAAAACAACAAGCAAAAGAAGCAGGUUUAAUACGUACAGAAGUUACCAGUGCAGAGAUUGCUGAUGAAAUGGAAAAGGAGCGUCGAUUAUUUCAAUUACAAAUGUGUGAAUAUUUAUUAAAAUUUAACGAAAUUAAAACGAAAAAAGGAAUUGAACUGCUACAACAUUUAGUCGAAUAUUACCAUGCGCAAACCAAUUAUUUUCAAGAUGGUUUAAAAACAAUUGAACAUUUUGGUGGCUAUGUAGCUGAUUUAAGUGUCAAAUUACAAAAAAUUCGACAAAAACAGGACGAAGAACGUCGGCGUUUAAUGGAUUUAAAAUCAUUGUUACGAAAUGCUCCAGGAAUUGAUAAAGAGUGUUCAAGUGGUAAAGACAAAGAAACUGGUUAUUCGUUACAUCAAUUACAAGGGGACAGAAAUUUAGGUAUAACACGUAGCGGACAUUUAUUGAAAAAAUCCGAGGGUAAAAUGCGACGUGUUUGGCAAAAACGAAAAUGUCAAGUAUUAGCCGAUGGGUUUUUUUACAUAUGCCAUGCCGACGAAUCAAAACCACCGACUCAAGUACAUUUACUUACCUGUCAAAUUAAACCAGUUCUCGAAGAUAAGCGCGGCUUUGAUUUAGUUUCUUAUAAUCGAACAUAUCAUUUUCAAGCAGAAGAUGAAAUAGAUCAACGCGCUUGGAUGUCUGUCUUAGUUAAUUGUAAAGAAUUAUCGAUGAAGAAAACAAUCCAUAGUGGUGGAACCUCUGGUGCUGGUAAUGAAAAAGUUAAUGCUAGUCUAUUAGAACUUCAGGAAGCAAUUAUACGAUAUAUUCAACGUUUACCAGGAAACGAUCGUUGCUGUGAUUGUAAUUCUCAAAACGACGCAACAUGGUUAUCAACAAAUUUUGGUAUAUUAGUUUGUAUCGAAUGUUCGGGUAUUCAUCGCGAUAUGGGUGUCCAUAUAUCACGUAUCCAAUCGUUAACACUCGAUAAUCUAUGCACAAGUCAGUUACUAUUAGCACGCUUCAUGACAAAUCAAGCAUUCAACGAAGUGAUGGAAGCGACACUCAAUUAUGGCAUGAAAUUAGAUCCGUCCAGUUCAAUGGAAUCCCGUUAUGAGUAUAUACGUGCAAAAUAUGUUGAUAAACGUUUUGUGUUACGCACAUGCGAAGAUGAACGUGAUCUCUUAUGUGAGCUUGAGCAUGCUGUCAACAAUAAAGAUUUACAACAGCUGUUACAAGUUUUCGCUGAAAAUGUGGAUUUAAGCUCACCGUUACCCAGCUCUGAUGAUGCUGAAACUGCUCUACAUUUAGUUGUUGCCCGUGAAAUGGGUGAUUCGUUACCGUUAGUUGAUUUUCUUGUACAGAAUAUGCCGUCACAGGGUAUUGAUAAAAUGACAGCGCCGCCAACGAAUCCUGAACAUUCGGGGAGUAAUACGGCGUUACAUAUAUGUGCAUUACAUAAUAAAACGGAAUGCAUGAAAUUACUGUUGCGUAGUGGUGCUAACACAGAAAUACGUAAUGCUGAUGGAAAAACUCCUAUGGAUAUUGCUCAGGAGAUGGGACAUCAUACAUGCGUCGAUCUAUUAACGAACGCAAUGCAAAGACAAAAAAGUAAUUUCGAUAAUAUUAAUAUCGACUGGAAUUUAACUCACGAUGAUGGAUCAACAGAUUUCAGUGAAGAUGAGACAAUUGUUGAUGAUCGGAAUGGUUCGUUAACGCCAGAGAAAAAGAAUCGAUCACGACCACCGAGUUACACAGGUGGCAGUGAUUCUCCAGUCACGUUACGUUCACGUUCAUCCACUUGUGAUAGUUUACAAUCUGGAUCGAGUCCAAACAGUGGUAAUCGACAAAUGCCACCUCCACCUCCUCCACAAAUUAGGAAACCAGUUAUUGUAAAUGUACAUGGAAGUUUAAAGAAACGCAUCGCACCUUUACCGCCUGGUUCAUCUUUAUAUGGAACGUUACCUAGUAGUCAUAGUCGAACAAUAUCAGAUCCAAUGAUGCCUGCACAACCGCCAUAUUUAACAUUAUGUCAUCAUAAACGAUCACCUUCUUCAGAUUCUAGUUCAAAUAAAUCCAUACAACAUGCAACAGAUCAAAAAUCCGUAAGUGGUGGUAGCAUAGUAAAACGUCCGUUAAAUCCUCCACCGCCAACUCCCAGUCCUAGUAAUCGAUUAUCAAAUGGCCGUUCAAAUGAAAGUAUUUCAUCAAUGUCGUCAGAAGUUGAUCAGGGUCAUAAUAAUCCAAUUCCACCACCUCGAAAACCAUGUAUGUGUUGUAUACAGCCUGGAGCUGGUACAUGCGCAGAUCAAUCCACAAACUCACAACAACAGCUAGGUGUCAACGAACAAUGGUUAAAUCGUCGUGCGGUUGGAACACCCGCAUCGGAUACAAGUGUACAAGGAACGGGUGGUGUACCAAUACGGAGAUGUCGUGCGUUGUAUGAUUGUGAAGCGGAUAACGAUGAUGAAUUGAGUUUUCACGAGGGAGAAGUGAUUUUGGUAUUAAACGAACAUACGGAUGAUGAGAAUUGGAUGGAAGGUGUUGUUGAAACAGAUCCAAGUCGGAGAGGAAUGUUUCCAAUUAGUUUUGUGCAUAUGUUGCCGGAUUAACUAAACUCAUUUUUAUAUAAUUAUUACUCAACUUUGUCACAAAUAUUAUAUAACACGCACAGCGUAAUGGCUCGAAAUAAUCGGGCUAGCGGUACGUGACCUAGUCUAAAAAAAACCGAUCAUCGUCUUUAAAUGUAUUCAAAAAUGUAUAUUUUACAUAAAAAAAAAACUUAUAUCUAGUCAUUUUUUCAUAUACACCCAAUAUAUACAAAAACAAAUUUUUGGGUCGAUCAGAAUUAGUUUCUCCUCUCCCAAACUAACGUAUGUGUGAGAGAGAGAAAUCGUAGAACGGAUUGUUUAGGGAAAAUUUUUUUUUUUUAAAUACUAAUCGUAAAAAUUUUUCGGGUAGUGAAAUGUGUAGAUUUAUACGUGUUUUUUGCUAGAAGUGUGUGAAAAUAUCAAACGAAAAUCGCACAAAUUGAUCUGAUCGACCCGCUUGUAUAUUAUUUAGAGGAUGAUUAUAACUAACCCACCAAAAACAAAAACGUUUUUUUAUUUGAGAGGGGGGAAUUUGUUACUUUUGUUUUUUUUUUUAUUUAAAUAAUCCACCUCGUGACCCUCCUUUACAAAUACGGCGUGUUUGUUUUUGGUACAGGAUGUUUCGUUAUAAAUCAUAUUGUGUAUAUUAAAAAUAAUUUUUUUUUCAUUUGCUAAUAAUAUUAUUAUAUUACGUGCGCUCAAAAAAAAAAAAAAAAAUUAAAUACAUAAAAUAAACAAAAAAUACGCACACUUUGUAAAAUUGCCGCUCAUAGUAUGCAACACUCAGGUUCUGAGAAAAUUAUACAUAUUGUAAUUAAUUUUUAAUAUAUAUAGUUACCAUACCCCCUUAUAUAUUUUUUUUUGAUCAGUGUUUCUCGAACUUUUCGCAAAUUUUAUUUUUAAUUUUUUACUAGCAGUUAAAAACAACGACUGCCCCGUUAUAGCCUCCACUUCCCUUGCUCUCAUUUAUCCCUCCCCCCCUUGUUUUCAAUUUCAUUUUUAAUCGGUCCAGUAGUUUUUUA